AUGAUGAAGUCCCUCCUCCUCCCUGUCUUUGCUCUCGCAGCAACCGUCCAGGCUCAUGGUGAUCACGAGCAGGAGCCCAUUGCGGGUCCUCAUAAGAGCUUGUGGUACAACACGCUGCCUGGAGAUGGCGGUACUCAGGCCGAUUCUGUCUUCUCUGGCAUCAGCACCUUCGGCCGCUUGCCUUAUUCGCCCUGCCUAUCCAGUCUGGAUGAGAAAUAUGACAUUGCGUUCAUCGGCGCUCCGUUCGACACUGGCACUUCGUACCGACCAGGAGCUCGUUUCGGUCCAUCGGGAAUCCGACAAGGUAGUCGCAGACUCAAUCUCUAUGGUGGAUACAAUGUUCCUUUGGCUGCGAACCCGUUCGCCGAUUGGGCCAAGAUUAUCGAUUGCGGUGACAUUCCCGUGACAUCUUACGACAAUGCUUGGGCUCUCCACCAGAUCGAAGAAGGACACAACAGUAUCCUGAUGAGGGAUCCAGAGACUGCUGCAAAAGAGCCAGGCAUCUCCAAGCAUGGCAAGACCCUGCCACGAGUGAUAACCUUAGGCGGAGAUCACACCAUCACUCUCCCACUGCUGAGGAGCAUGAACAGAGCGUAUGGCCCCAUCACCGUCAUCCAUUUCGACUCGCACUUGGACACCUGGCGCCCAAAGGUCUUCGGCGGAGCUCCGAGCAAGCAAGCCUCAAUCAACCACGGUACCUAUUUCUUCCACGCAGCGGAGGAAGGCCUACUCCGCAACGACACCAACAUCCACGCUGGCAUCCGCACGACGCUCUCUGGUCUUUCCGAUUAUGAGAAUGAUGGGUACUGCGGCUUCCAGAUCUCUGAGGCUCGCGAGAUUGACACCAUUGGCACCGAGGGUWUCAUCAAGAAGAUCCAUGACCGCGUUGGACACGAGAAUCCGGUCUACCUCUCCAUUGACAUCGACACGCUGGAUCCAGCAUUCGCGCCAGCGACGGGAACUCCUGAAACUGGCGGGUGGUCUACUCGUGAGCUUCGCACCAUCGUCCGUGGACUGAAGGGUAUCAACAUUGUGGCUGCUGAUAUCGUGGAGGUCGCACCUGCUUACGAUACCAAUGCCGAGUUGACGACCAUGGCAGCGGCUGAUACGCUGUAUGAGGUCAUGACUCUGAUGGUUAUGAACGGCCCCCUUACAGUGGCCAAGAAUGGCGCGAACGUCAAGACAGACUUGUAA